UUCCACUCUUGGCAAGUAGCACAUGCUUUGCUGUCACGUUACUGUACGCCUGACAGUCCUCCUGGGAGGAAGAUGGUUCGGUUUGUAGGAACAAGAGGCGCUAUUCUGCGCAUCAUCCUGAGGACCUUUGCAGCGCUGUUUGCGAUCAUCGUCUUUAGUACGACUGCUGAUCAAGUAGAAACGAGAUAUUUUGGCUUCAAUGUGUGCUUGCUCGGUCUCCACAGCGAUUCUGAUAACAAACAAGGAGAUGCCAACGCUUGCAACUAUGCAAUUGCCAUUGGAAUUAUGGCUUUUUUGAUUGCUGCUGCGUUUAUUUGUCUGGACUCGUUGCUGUAUCUUGUUAAUAUUGGAAAUGAUCGCAUACAGUUCUUCGUUGCAUUUGCUGACCUCAUUUUGUCGCUUAUUUUGAGUUUUUUGUGGCUCGUGGGUUUCAUCUAUCUCAUCGACAAGUCAGUCAAUUCUGGCCCUAAGAAUGAAGAUCCGUUUACUGCAGCUAACAAGGCAGCCGUUGGCGCAUGCAUCGCUUUCAGCUUGUUUUCGUCUCUUGUUUGGGGAGGUCUUGGCUAUCUUGCCUUUUGCCAAUUCAGAACUAGCCGUACAGCACUAAUGGGUUGAUUAUUUGAACUUUUAUAUUUACUGAUCAAGUGGCGGUGCUCAGGACAUAAUUGCUGCACUAGUAACAGAGGGGGACGGGACAAUAGAGGACAUUCUUCUCUAACAGGUUAACUUAAUUUGCUAUCCUGUAGAGUUUUCUAGGUGCGCGCAUGUAUUGUGUAUUACUGUAGACUAUAGCUUGUAGUCGGAUAGAAAGUAGCGAGUUUAAAGAAGUGUGUGAGAAAGUCAAA